CUGGGGAGGGUGAUGUCAUAGGCCAUCUGUGUCUGCUCAUUGGUCAGGAACGACGUUCAGGUCAGGAAGAUAGAUCCAGGUUCAAUCUGUGAUUCCAAUGUUCUCAACUGACUGACACACAGGCUCAGCUACAGAAGCCUUGACCAGUUUGACCUCCCUCCCCAGGCCGAGGCAGAGCAGCCAUGCCCCUGAACUCGAGGAGGCUGCCGAAGUUACAGACGGAGAGGAGGGAGAGGCGGAGGCUGGCUCUGGUCACUGUGUGCUGUGUGCUGCUAACACUAUCAUUACUAGCAGUGGGUCUCUACUACAUAAUCAGGCUGAUAAGCACGAGGUUUUAUUUCUGUUCUGGGUCUCUGAGCUUUGUUCCUGCACAUAAAGCAUGUGAUGGGGAGGCUGAUUGUGCUGAUGCAGAGGAUGAGCUCACCUGUGUGUCCAACCUGAGCAUUAACGCUCCCUAUCCAGUGCGAUUGGUGGGUGAGAGUUUAAUCUUGCAGGUUUUUGAUGACCACAAGUGGAGAACUGUGUGCGCGGACAACUGGAGAAGCCAGUACACCCGGGCAGCAUGCCAGCAGCUGGGCUACACACACAGCCCACGGAGUGUUCAACUGCCUGUGAAGAGUCUACAGCCUGUCAUAGGGACGACUUUUGCCGUUAUCAGUACUGAAACUCAAGAAGCAAGUACCACCAUUCAGAACGUACUCGAUGUGAGAGAUCAGUGUUCGUCCGGCUCAGUAAUCUCACUCUCUUGUUCAGACUGCGGAGAGGUGGCUGGCUUGAGUCGUAUUGUAGGCGGAGUGGACACAGUAGCAGAGUUGUGGCCGUGGCAGGUCAGCGUGCAGCGGGACGGAUACCACGUGUGUGGCGGAGCACUGAUCUCCACACGAUGGGUCAUCAGCGCUGCUCACUGCUUUACUGGACGGACACGGGAAAUCAGUGCAUGGCGUGUAGUCCUAGGCCACACCUACCUGACAUCAUCAGGAGGCGUAUCCUUGGAAACCAUCAUCCUUCAUGAAGAGUACAACCAUGUACAUUACGACUACGACAUCGCCAUGCUCCGACUGGCUUGGGCCGUGACGCUUGGAGACUCCAUUCACCCAGUCUGUCUACCUCCACACCAGCUACCAAUCAAGGCAGGGGAGGAGCUUGUGGUGACUGGGUGGGGUGUGCUGAAGGAGAAUGGUCAGUUGUCAUCUGUGCUAGAGAAAGCCACGGUACCUCUGAUUGACCAGUCCGUGUGUUCAAAUAAAUCUGUCUACGGCUCUGCUAUCACUCCCAGAAUGCUAUGCGCUGGCUACCUCCAAGGUGGAGUGGAUUCCUGCCAGGGGGAUAGUGGGGGUCCGCUGGUCUACCUGUCAUCUCGAUGGCAGUUGGUGGGCAUGGUGAGCUGGGGGGCAGGCUGUGCCCAUACAGGAAAACCUGGAGUUUACACUGACAUCAGGCAGCUACUCGACUGGAUUUAUACAGUAAUGGAGAAAUACCUCUGAGAGUGUCUACAGUGACUCAUGGGAAGUUGCCUCCAUCAACAGCUGAUCACCACUGUGUGACACAAGCAUGAUCUCAUUUUUGUUGUGAAUCCCCCCCUUGUAGAAGAGCAGAAAGCUCUUAGGAGUUAGGAGCUAACAAAAUGUAAACGAAACAGCUGGUCUGUGCAGAGUAUUUCUUUGUGCAUAUUUUGGGUGGAGUAUUUGUUUAUACAUGUUUGUAAUGUUUUUCAAAAUAUUAAUUUUUUUUAAUGUGUCGGCGUUGUGGUUCAUAAUAAAGUGCUGAAAGUUUUCUUUUCUACCAGAUUUUAACAUAAACACUGAUGAAAAUAAAGAAUUUAUGUAUUAUA